GCCCCUGCCUACCCCAGACCUCCUGCCCAGCUGGGGAGGAGGUGGAGGGAGGAGGCCGGGCUGAGCUGGGGUGUGCCCCAGGCUGGGGAUACCCCGAGGGCCUGGGGGCUGCAUGGGGGAGGCCGCCCUUCCCUCCUUCCUGUGUCUCCACCCUCCGUGAACCCCACACGCCUGUGUCCAGACUGCACGCGAGCUCCCUCGGACAGCAGGAAAAGGGGUGGCCGUGUGGUAGGAGGCAGGCAGGUGGCACCAAGGCUGUCCAGGUGGCCAGUGGCAGACGUCAGCAGGGAGAUUCAGGUCAGAGCCGCCACAAGGACUGACCCACGGCGCCAGGACAGAGGACCAGCGCUGCCCAGCACUGUGGGGAUGUGGAGUGGGGCUACGAGGGCCUGGUGGAAGGAGGGGAGAACAUCAAGCAAGCCAACUGGCUCAGCGUCUCCAACAUCAUCCAGCUGGGCGGCACUGUCAUUGGCAGCGCCCGCUGCAAAGCCUUCAUGACGCGGGAGGGACGCCUGGCGGCGGCCUACAACCUAGUCCAACACGGCAUCACCAACCUGUGCGUCAUCGGCGGGGAUGGCAGCCUCACGGGCGCCAACAUCUUCCGCAGCGAGUGGGGCGGCCUGCUGGAGCAGCUGGUGGCUGACGGUAAGAUCUCGGAGACCACGGCUCAGACCUACUCACACCUGAACAUCGCCGGGCUGGUGGGCUCCAUCGACAACGACUUCUGUGGCACCGACAUGACCAUCGGCACGGACUCGGCCCUGCACCGCAUCAUGGAGGUCAUCGACGCCAUCACCACCACCGCCCAGAGCCACCAGAGGACCUUCGUGCUGGAGGUGAUGGGCCGGCACUGCGGGUACCUGGCGCUGGUGUCUGCGCUGGCCUCGGGGGCCGACUGGCUGUUCAUCCCUGAGGCGCCGCCCGAGGACGGCUGGGAGAACCUCAUGUGCGAGAGGCUCGGGGAGACUCGGAGCCGAGGGUCCCGGCUGAACAUCAUCAUCAUUGCCGAGGGCGCCAUCGACCGCAACGGGAAGCCCAUCUCCUCCAGCUACGUGAAGGACCUGGUGGUGCAGAGGCUGGGCUACGACACGCGUGUGACUGUGCUGGGCCACGUGCAGAGAGGGGGGACCCCCUCGGCCUUCGACCGAGUCCUGAGCAGCAAGAUGGGCGUGGAGGCCGUGAUGGCGCUGCUGGAGGCCACGCCCGACACGCCGGCCUGCGUGGCCAGCCUCUCAGGGAACCAGUCUGUGCGGCUGCCCCUCAUGGAGUGUGUGCAGAUGACGAAGGAGGUGCAGAAAGCCAUGGACAACAAGAAGUUUGACGAGGCCAUCCAGCUCCGCGGCAGGAGCUUCGAGAACAACUGGAACAUCUACAAGCUGCUCGCCCACCAGAAGGUGUCCAAGGAGAAGACCAACUUCUCCCUGGCCAUCCUGAACGUGGGCGCCCCGGCGGCCGGCAUGAACGCGGCCGUGCGCUCGGCGGUGCGCACCGGCAUUUCCCAGGGCCACACGGUAUACGUCGUGCACGACGGCUUUGAAGGCCUGGCCAAGGGUCAGGUGCAGGAAGUGGGCUGGCACCAUGUGGCUGGCUGGCUGGGGCGUGGUGGCUCCAUGCUGGGGACCAAGAGGACGCUGCCCAAGGGCCACAUGGAGUCCAUCGUGGAAAACAUCCGCACCUACAACAUCCACGCCCUGCUGGUCGUCGGCGGGUUUGAGGCCUACGAGGGGGUGCUGCAGCUGGUGGAGGCGCGCGGACGCUACGAGGAGCUGUGCAUCGUCAUGUGCGUCAUCCCGGCCACCAUCAGCAACAAUGUGCCCGGCACCGACUUCAGCCUGGGCUCCGACACCGCCGUCAACGCGGCCAUGGAGAGCUGUGACCGCAUCAAGCAGUCGGCCUCGGGGACCAAGCGCCGUGUGUUCAUUGUGGAGACCAUGGGGGGCUACUGCGGCUACCUGGCCACGGUGACGGGCAUCGCCGUGGGGGCCGACGCUGCCUACGUCUUUGAGGACCCUUUCAACAUCCAUGACUUAAAGACCAACGUGGAGCACAUGACAGAGAAGAUGAAGACGGACAUCCAGAGGGGCCUGGUGCUCCGGAACGAGAAGUGCCACGAGCACUACACCACGGACUUCCUGUACAACCUGUACUCGUCGGAGGGCAAGGGCGUCUUCGACUGCAGGACCAACGUGCUGGGCCACCUGCAGCAGGGCGGUGCUCCAACCCCCUUUGACCGGAACUAUGGCACCAAGCUGGGGGUGAAGGCCAUGCUCUGGAUGUCGGAGAAGCUGCGGGCGGUCUACCGCAAGGGGCGGGUGUUUGCCAACUCCCCCGACUCGGCCUGUGUGAUCGGCCUGCAGAAGAAGGCUGUGGCCUUCAGCCCUGUCACGGAGCUCAAGAAUGACACCGACUUCGAGCACCGCAUGCCGCGGGAGCAGUGGUGGCUGAGCCUGCGGCUCAUGCUGAAGAUGCUGGCGCACUACCGCAUCAGCCUGGCCGCCUACGUGUCCGGGGAGCUGGAGCACGUCACCCGCAGCACCCUGAGCAUCGAGAAGGGCUUCUGAGGCCGCCGGCCGUGCCCUCACCCCGCGCCCACCGCCUCUGGCCUCCCCGGUGCCCCCGUGCCAGCCCCUGUCCCUGGCACCGAGGCCGCCUGCUGUGAGGCCAGCCUGCCGUGGCCUGAGCACAGAGCCCCCGCGGCACCCACCUUCCUGCCCGGGGGACGUGGGCUGUUGGUGCGUGGACGCCGCUGCCCCCGCCUUGGCACCCCGUGGGGCCCUCGUCUCCCCCCACACCAGCGGCCCCACCCUCCCUGGCCCACAGGCUGCCAGGACCCAGGUCUCCAUGCCGAGAAGGGGCCGUGCCCCUUAGUCCUCACUGACCUUCUCCUGCCACCACUGCCACCGUGGCUGAGCAGUGUUUGUCACCUUUUCUAGAAUAAACACACCCUGACCGUAGA